AUGGGGGCGAGAGAGAAGAAUAAUAGCAACGGCUCUAAAGUCUCAGAUACUGCUUUCAGUCAGGGCACCUUAAGAUUCAGGGCUCCGCAGGGGCAGGCAGGCAGCGCCGCGAAUCCAGCGGCCGGACCUCCCGGGUACAGGCUGGCUCAGCUGGUCAACCUGGCCCCACCUCAAGGGACCGCGCCCAGGAGUCCGGGUCGGCCAGAGGGCCUCACCCCCUACCCUCUCAGCAGGGCUCACCACCCGGGCGGAGGCCAGGGGGGCCCUGAACGACGCCGCGGGCCGGUGGACGCGGGGGGCACCCCAGCCCCUACCCACCAGCGCUCCCUCACCUCGGAGCUCAGCCUCACCUCGGGACUACGAUCAGCCGCUCUCCACUUCCGGCAAGAACCGCCCAGCAAUCUUCGCGCGACCCACUUCCGGGCUCUCACCGAGGGCGGCACCCCCACCGGAAAUGAACCCCGGGCGGAAUCGCUGGGCGAGAAAGGGAGCGGGUCGCAGUCCGACCGCCCGGCCGCGGACUCCACCCCCCGCCCAGAAUCCACGCCCCUUAGAGAGAAUCCCCGCGAGCCCAGAGGGCACAGGGAAAGAGCCCCGCCCCGAAGGCGGGAGCGCCCUGAAGAGGGCGUGCCCACCGGACGGGCCACACCCCGCGGCCGACUGGAGCUGGAGCCGGAAACGCCCCGUCAGACCCAGACCAAUGAAACAAAAAAGCCUGGCCCGGUGGAGCCCAUUCCCACUCUGAGCGACUCCUCCCCGCCCCCAGCAAAAACACGCGACCCGCUGCCAUCGAGUCGAUUCCGACUCAUAGCGACCCUUUGGCCACUGGAGGGUCGCAGUUACUGA